AUGUCGUGGUUAACACGAUCCCCCAUUCAGCAUCCUUACCGAUCGUUGAUCUCUGUCUUCGUUCUCUGGAAGGCUUUCCUACUUCUCCUUGCUCUCCUCACGCCUGGUCCCGGGUAUGACACCUCGACGACCUUGGCUCAAUGGCACAGGAACACCAGUGAUAUCCAGGGACUGAUCCCAACCAUCUUGAGACAAAUAUCUACCAAGUUGACUAGGUGGGAUGCCAUCUAUUUCACCGAGGCGGCAAGGCGCGGCCAUCUUUUCGAGCAAGAGUGGGCGUUCAGUUAUGCCUUCUCAAAGUUCAUCAGUCUCCUGGCCGCUGGAUCCGAACACACAGGCACCUUUUCGUAUGAGUUCAAGGAAAGUGCACUCGGCGUUGCCGUAGCCUACGUGGCGCAUGCCACCUCUGCAGUGAUCCUCCAUCGUCUAGUGUGUACCUUCCUUCCGGGGAUGCAAGGACGCAGGCUGGCUUUCAUCGCAGCCUGCUUGCACAUUCUCUCUCCUGGUGGCCUCUUUCUGUCGGCUCCAAACGCCGAAAGCCCUUACUCUCUCCUGAGCUUCACGGGCGCGCUCCUAUUUGCUCGGAGCUUCAGUGUUUCGGGCAUCUCAACAAGCAGUCAAGAUGGUCUAUUAGUGCUUGCAGGUAUCACGUAUGGUAUAUCCGCAGCUGUUCGUGGAAAUGGUCUUCUUAAUGGUGUUGUUUUCCUCGAAGAAGCAAUUCGUGUCUUUUAUGCGUUCACGCGGGACUUCAGCUUCCCCAAAUUACGGCGACUCGCCGCGGUCGGUUUCGCCGGUAUCUGCACGGGACUCGGUUUUGUACUGCCGCAGUAUAUUGCUUACCAGCACUUCUGCGAUAACCACAAUCCUACCGGCGAAGUCUCGUCGAGGGAAUGGUGUCGUCGAGCCAUUCCGAGCAUCUACAGCUUCGUGCAGGAUCAUUACUGGGACAAUGGAUUUCUUCGAUAUUGGACUCUGCCCAAUCUACCAUUAUUUGCAUUGGCCAGUCCAAUGCUAGCCAUUCUAGUGUACUCUUUUUUUUGGACACUGAAUGUGGAGUCAUGCGAUACGACAAAGCGAGCUUUCCCGACAGGGCAACUGACAGAUCGUCUGUUGCGUAGUCUAGCGACCCCUCAGAUUAUCCUUACGGUUAUGGUGUUUUUCUGCAAUCAUGUUCAGAUUAUCACUCGAUUGUCGUCUGGUUUCCCAGUCUGGUACGUCUGGAUAGCAGCUCUUAUCGUGGACAGCCAUACUGCUUCUUCGUCCGCAAAAGGGCAUCUGAAGAGAAGUGGUUACGGACGGAUAAUUGUGCAGUAUAUGGUGAUAUAUGCUGCUGUACAGGGCGUACUCUUUGCAUCUUUCCUACCGCCAGCCUAA